AUGAAAGCUGCGAUUUUCCUGUUGCCGCUGCUCUUCUGCUGCAGCUUGGCUUCUCCGGUUAAGGAGGAUGGCCUGCCCAGUUGGUUUGCCAGCGAGGCCUCGCAGCUGAUUGCCACGCAGCUGUUGAAGCACAACAAAGACAUCGAUGCCAAUCAGGUGCACUCACCGCUGGGAGUCGCCUCCAUUCUGGCCGUCUUGGCGGAGGCAGCCGAGGGAGAGACCUAUGAGGAGUUCGGCAAGGUCUUUGGCUUUCCCAAGGAGCGAGCGCAGCUGAGAGAAGCCUUCGAGCGCAUUUUGGGUGGCUAUCAGAAUCGGGAUGCUGCUGUGCCGUUGCCCUCGUUCCAGACCUGGUUCUAUGUCUAUCGCAAUAACAGCGUGAGGGAGGAUUACAAGCAGCUGCUGCAGCGUCACUAUUACGUGGAGGUUAAGGACAUCAAUCGGCAGGAGUACGACUGGAGUGAGCCCAACACAUCGAUCCAACUGGAGGGCAACGAUGCAAAUGCCGAGAACACCGAGUCAACCAACAGCAAAGAUGUCAUCGGUUUUGAGACUCUGAAGCGCAUUAACCUGGAUGAUGAUGCUCUUCUAGCUCCCAGUGACACCUAUGGCGAGGAGGUGCUGAACAAGGAAGCGUCCAAGUUUGAUCGCGAGGUGGACGAUAAGCAAUAUGUGGAAAAACCAGUUGCCUUGGCCGACGCUGAGCGGGAAGGGGAACCGACCACAGAGGAGUCGGCAACGGCAGCUGACAAAGUCUCAGUCACCGAGGCUCCAGUGGAAAAACAAGAAAAACCAGCUGACAUUGCACUGACUGCUGAGGAAAAUGUUGCUGAGAAGCAGCAGAACAAACGCAGCGAAACCGCACAGAAUCCCAAUGUGGAGGAGAACGAGACGGUGCAGGAGGAUGAAAAGCUGAGGAAGCAACUCAGCGAACCGAGUGCAAAUCCAGUGACCGCUGGUGAACCCGAGAAGGUGACUCUGCCACUGCAGAAACUGGAAAACGCCGUCAAAUCGAUGGUCAAGGAGGGAGCCGACGAGAUAAUGAUUGCCCUCGAGUCGCACCUAAGCACAGUGGCUCGUGUCUAUGGUGCUCGCAGUCUCUUCAGGCAGGAUGACAUUGCCUCUGCCCUGAGUGCCAACUCCAUAACGGGUCGUGAGCUUGGCUCCAAGUCCAAGAUGUUGCUCUUCAAUGGACUGUACUAUCGCGGCAGCUGGGCACAGCCUUUCUAUCAGCUGAGAGAUGGCAGCGAUGAGUUCUUCUUCAUGACCAACGAGGAUGCCAUGAAGACACCCAUGAUGCAUGCACGUGGCAAGUUCCGUGUGGCAGAUCUGCCACACUUGAAGGCGCGUCUCCUUGCCCUGCCCUAUGAGAAUGCCAGGUACAGUCUGUGCAUUGUGCUGCCCAAUGACUCGGAGGGACUCACCGAGGUCAUCUCCCAGCUGCAGCCCAGUGACUAUAAGUACGCUCGGGAGCAUGUCGAGUGGAAGGAACUCCAUGUGACACUGCCCAAGUUCCAGGCGGAGGAGACAUCCCGCUCCGAGGCGAUGCUCAAGCAGUUGGGACUUCAGCGUCUCUUCUCCCGCACUGACGCUCAGCUGGGACUGCUCUCCGAGGAUGAGGAUGUGCAUGUGGAUGAGAUUGUGCAGUUUGUCAAUGUGCGUGUGGACGAAGGUGGCAGCAGUGCCAACUCCUUGUCCGCUGCCACAAUGCAGGCUCGUUCUCCUCUUCCCACUGAAGCUGAAGCUGCCGCCAUACUGCCAGUCCCUGAACCGGAGCCAGAACCCGGCGUAGAACGCUUCGAUGUGAAUCAUCCAUUCGCCUAUUUCAUCAUGGAUUGCGAGCAACAGUUUGUGCUCGCCUCCGGCAAAGUCUAUGCUCCGGAGUUCAAGGAUGAACUGCCGCCCGUGUCCAUUGAGGUGGAGCUGGAACAAGCGUAGGUCUCAUCUCAACACAUCUCAUCAAUCGCCUAGCUUUUAAGUUACGUAACGAAUUUUCACCGAUGACGCCGCGUGCAAUUUUCAUACUUCUAAGCAAAUAAACAAGAAUUUCAUUUGUCCUUAAAAAAAAAAUAAUAAGAGCUCUGUAACUGAGCGAACUCGACAGUGAGAUGCUCUAUUGAAUCGCUAGAAAAUAAAUAAAACAAAUACAAAAAUGUUUUAUAUACAA